GUCUGCGUUUAACAUUGAAUAUAUUCAUAACGAUAACGGUUGCUGCAAAGCUUCAUUGUUAAUUAACUUUUGCCAUUACUCACAAUCAGACACACUGCCAUAUAUUUGAAUAAUUGUGUAAAUUAAAAAAAAAUAUUAACAUACAAAUUGGUUUUGAGUAAUUCGUUCGCUAGCACGUUUUCGCGUUUUUUGUUUCUGUCGAUCAAGUUUUUCUUCUCUAAAACUUAAUAAUGUCAUAUGAUAAUAAGAGUCAACCACCACCGUACUCCGCCCCACCACCCGGUUUCCAGCCGGCGGCCUAUUAUCAACCACCGCCAGCACAUCAGAUGCCACCACCACCACAACCGCAGACAUCCACGGUGAUCAUAACAACAACAAGGCCGACUUUGGUGCCACUCAGCGAGGAUCCAACGCGCAUUCAGUGUCCCUCAUGUCAUGCUGAUAUUUUGACUACCGUUAAAUAUCAACCAAAUGGAUGUACUCACAUUUGGGCAUUGGUGCUGUGCCUAUUCAUCAUGUCCUAUCAACAACCGCCGCCACCAUAUUCACAGGCCGUACCGGGCUAUUACCAGCCACCACCACAGCACGUUCAUAUGCAGGGCACGCCGGCGCCAGCACCCGGUCCCACAGUCAUCAUUCACACCACAGCUCCCAGAUUUACGCCUGUCUCCAACGAACCGACAACGGUCACUUGUCCCUCGUGUCAUGCGGUGGUGCGCACCACAGUCAUCUAUCAGCCCAGCUCGUCGACCCAUCUUUGGGCGCUGAUACUCUGCCUUUUUAU